AUGCGCUUCACCACCGCGCUCUGGCUCGCCGCUGCGGCCGUCGCCAAGGCGACAUAUUGGAUGGAGGAUAUCAAGCACCAGGGUAUCUCGGCUUACAACGCCGAUCCAAAAUACCAGGUCUUCCGCAACGUCAAGGACUUCGGGGCCAAGGGUGACGGUGUUACUGACGACACGGCGGCGAUCAACCUCGCCAUCUCAUCCGGAAACCGAUGUGCACCGGGAACAUGCAAGGGUGAGACGACGUCACCUGCGACGGUCUACUUCCCUUCCGGCACAUAUCUCAUCUCUGGUUCAAUCGUCGAUUACUUCUACACCCAAAUCAUCGGCGACCCGACAGACCGACCCGUGAUCAAGGCUGCUGCCAACUUCGACGUCACUAACAACUUUGGUCUCAUUGACGGCAAUAAGUACGGUGCCAACGGGUUGAGUUGGGGUGCCACCAACGUCUUCUUCCGCCAGGUCCGCAACCUGAUCUUCGAUACCACCGCCAUUCCCGCCUCCUCUGCCGCUCUCGGAAUCCACUGGCCCUCAUCCCAGGCCACCGCCAUCACCAACUGCGUCUUCCGCCUCGCCGCCGGCGCUGACAGCAAGCACACCGGUAUCUUCAUCGAGGAAGGUUCCGGCGGUCUUCUCAACGACCUGGACUUCUACGGUGGACAGUAUGGCGCCAACUUUGGCAACCAGCAAUACACCGCCCGCAACCUCCGCUUCUGGAACUCCCAGAUCGCCAUCAACCAGCUCUGGGACUGGGGCUGGACGUACAAGAGCAUCUACGUCGAGAACUGCGGCACCGGAAUCCGCAUCCAGGACAACAGCACCUCCUCCGUGACCCUCAUCGACUCCGAGUUCGUCAACGUCCAAACCGCCAUCCGCACCCCGCGCUCCGCCUCCAUCGUCCCCAUCGCCGCCGGCACCCUGAUGAUGGAGAACGUCGCCUUCUCCAACGUCGGCACCAUCCUCCAAGGACCCCAGAACAACACCAUCAUCUCCGGCACCAAGGGCUCCGUCGUCAGCCAGGGCUUCGCCAUGGGCCACAUCUACACGCCCUCCGGGCCCACGGACUACACCGGCAGCGACACGGGCUACUUCCCCGUCUACAACGCCCUCGUCGCCACCACCGCCAACGGCACAAAGUACUACGAGCGCUCCAAGCCGCACUACGAGACCCUCUCCGCCGACUGCUUCGUCUCCGCGCGCACCUUCGGCGCCAAGGGCGACGGCGUCACCGACGACACCGUCGCGCUGAACAACCUCUUCAACUACGUCGCCUCCAAGAGCUCGCUCGUCGCCUUCGUCGACGCGGGAACCUACUACGUCUCCGACACCGUCUUCAUCCCCGCCGGCGCGCGCAUCGUCGGCGAGGCGCUCGCGUCCAUCAUCAUGGGCGGCGGGCCCAAGUUCCAGGACAUCUCGAGCCCGCACCCCGUCGUCAAGGUCGCGCUGCCGGGCGACUGCGGGACGAUCGAGUGGUCCGACAUGAUCGUCUCGACGCGCGGGGCCGCGCCCGGCGCCAAGGUCGUCGAGUACAACCUCAACACCCUGGGCGAGCCGGCGGGCAUGUGGGAUGUGCACAUCCGCGUGGGCGGGUACGCUGGUACGCAGCAGCAGUUGAAGGAGUGCCCGACGACGCCGAACGCUACUGUCACGGCGGACACGCUCGACAAGAACUGCAUCGCGGCGUGGAUGAGCAUGCACAUCACCAAGCCGGCGUCGAACCUCUUCAUGGAGAACUGCUGGCUGUGGGUCGCGGACCACGAUCUGGAGGACCCGACGUACACCCAGGUGACGAUCUACGCGGGCAGAGGGUUGCUGAUUGAAGCGACCGCUGGCAAGAUCUGGCUCUCUGCUUCUGGCGUGGAGCAUCACACGCUGUACCAGUACCAGCUCUACCAGACGAGGGAUAUCUACAUGGGCAUGAUCCAGACCGAGACGCCAUACUACCAACCCAACCCGGUCGCCUCCAUCCCCUUCCCCCGUGUCAAGGGCUACCACGACCCAGACUUUGUAGCCGACUGCAAGGGCAAGGACACCAGCGAGGCCCCCUGCGAGAUGGCCUGGGGUCUGCGCGUCAUCGGCAGCCGCAACAUCGCCAUUUUCGGCGCGGGGCUGUACUCCUUCUUCAACAACUACAGCACGGCGUGCUGCCAGGUCGGCGCCGGCGCGCGGUGCCAGCAGCGCAUCUACGACAUCCGGGACUCGCCGAACAACUGCACCAAGACGGAGCACCUGGAGACGUACAACCUCAACAUUGUCGGGACGAAGGCGAUGGUCACGCGGCACGGCAAGGACGUCGCGCUGUACAAGGACAACAUUGCGGGAUUCACGGCGGGCAUUGCGCUUUACCAGCAUGCUUGA